AUGGCGCGCAAGCUCCUCGCGUCCGGCCUGGGUGAGCGUUAUCCCGUCGACUGCAUGCAUUUGGGCAUGAAUCCUCUGGGCGACGACUUCUACACGGACGCGACCGAAAUAUUUGCCGGCCUGUCGAUCCGUUCUCUCUUCGUCAAUACGUUCUUCUUCAGGUUCAACGAGACGACGAUCGAGCAUCUCCAAGGUGAGCUUGGAUCUGCGCAUACCCCAUACUCAUAAUCUAAAGUCGUCUGUAUUGUCGCUCCACCCGAAAGACCUGGUCGAAUUGAAGAUCAGCGAUCCCGUUGAUUGGGUCAGUGAUCGCGAGAACGGCUCAAAGCUGCCGAAGCCGGUCCUACCGCUCCUGGAGAAGCUGGAGAUAUCGUCGUCCGAUUUGCCAGGGGUGAUGGACCUACCUCUGAACGUCGAGAUGCCUCGCCUGCACAACUUACAGCUCUACGUCGAUCGACGAGCUUGGCGAGAUCGCACGAUUCUUGCAGAAUGGGUCGAGGUCCUCUUCGGAGGCGCCCGCAGCGCUCGUCUGCGCAAGCUCAAGUGUAAUGUCUUGAUCGACGAAAGCGAUGCUCUUCAGUUUCUGGACGCCCUGCUUCAACAUCUACCGCGAUGUACCUCUCUUGAAACUGUCAAGUUCAACAUCAGCCACCUUGAACGACUCGGAGACUGCAUUCGUGCGGUCGGAUCGAAUGGCGCCCCCUGCCGCUCGCUGAAGAUCAAGCGCGGAGAGUCGGAUUGCAAGCCUGAGGAUCUUUCCCGACUUUGGGCCAUAUUGAUUUCAUCCCUCAAAACGGAUCCAUGGGAUCAUCUUGAGAUACUUCACAUCGAUUUGACGCUCGAGUGCCUCGAGUUGGCGAGUGAGAUUCCCCAUCUUUCUACCUUGCUCGAAGCGGCGAAGCAGUCUAGAGCGGUCGAGCCUCCCAAGGGUCAAUACCUGCCGGACACGACGCCCGAGGAAAAGGCUUUACAACAACCUCUUCGACAAUGGAUUCGCGAUCGCAUGGCUGAGGCAGGUUUGAAAGAUGCUUGUAAGGAUAAGGAGAUCGGACUCAGAGUCGUGUACAGAUACAUGUGA